UGGUCGACUAGAAUAGAGCACAGAGGCGCUGCAGAACCGACGGUGUAUUCACGGUGGUACCUUCGGUCAGUACCUGCCGAUCUUCCGUCAUCCUCAACCCGUACAGGAGGAUCAGUCGGUUUUCACCCGGUCCCACGACCGGGCCACUUAAAAGCCCCCUUGCACCACUUCAGAGAUCCUUUUCUAUCACUUAAAACAAAUUAAAAGACAAGUUCGAACUAGUUGCGACCAGUUUCUGCCGAUUCCAAACAAGUUUGCAACAAUUCAUUCCGAGCAUUUAGUAUCAAUUUUAAAUAAGUUGGGACCAUCUCUAAUCCGAAAUUGGGGCGGAGUUUUAUAACAAGUUGAGACCACCUUUGAAACUAAAUUGGGGCACCAAGUUUUGUUAAUCGUGUCGGGACCAAGUUCAAGGACGAAAAUCGGCAUUUGGAAAAGAAGUGCAAGAAUUUCCCCUGUGGAAGUUCCAACUUUAAGGAGAAAUUUUCGGGAGUGAAAGGCGUCAGAGAGUGGAAGGGUUGAGGAGUAAAAGUUACGAGAGUGGACGGAAAGGAAGAGAGAGCGAGGAUCUGGAGAACGAGGGGAUGAAUCUGAUCGUUCGUCUUUAUUCGUCCUAGUCGCCGGCUCUUGCCAUUAUCUGUCAAGAUGAGAGACCGACGCAGGCACGUCUGGGCAGCCAUCCACAUCUGUAACGUUCUGCUACUCGCAACAAUCACAGCCAGCCCAUUGUACAUUCCACAAUUCUUAUCUGGAGCAGGUACUGGAAGAAAUAUCAGACACUUGCCCUGCGUGUCGACAAGAACCGGAGAGACGGGAACGUGUAUGUUCGCAUUCACCUGCGCAAAAGCAAAUGGAACUCAUCUGGGCACCUGCAUCGACCGCUUCUACUUCGGAAGUUGUUGCAAGAUCGAGCAAGAACCUGAUGACGUUUUCCCUCAGGAUAACACGAUCGAAGAUGGUCCCUUGCCUCCUCCCAAACCACUUUUCACCUCAACCCUCAGCUCAAUCGAGAGCAACGAGAUCCCAUCCUACUUUACGAAACCUAAGCCAAUUUUAGAAAAAAGGCCUGCUCCAUCUAGUCCCAGCACUCAAGGGAUCGAAACCACAACUUCUAGAAUUAUAGAAACAAUCUCAUCAAUUAAACCACAAAAAGUGACGUCAAAGAAACCCAUUAUUUAUACAACGACAGAAUCCGUUGGACUCUCUACCUAUCAAACGGUACAAGAUGCCUCUACUAGUGGCAUCCAAAGUCGACCAAGCAUUGCUACGAGUCGGCCUUCCACACCCAGUAUUGCAAAACCAUUUACUAGUGAAAAACCACCUAGUAGUGGUAAACCUGCCACUGUAGGAAAACCGUCGAGUACCGGAAAACCUUCAAGUACUGGGAUACCUUAUAGUACUGGAAAACCUUCUAGUACUGGAAAACCUUUUACGAGUGGAAAACCUAGUACAACGACGAUAGAUACAACGAUUCCUUCGAGACGUCCUUCUUUACCACCUACUUUCCCAACUAAACCUUCAAGUUCUAGUUAUCCAUCUACAACUGGUUUGUCAACUUUUGGUUCAAGUUCUGGUUCUACAACCUUUAGUUCUUCACCAACCUCUGAUUCAUCUACCAGUGGUUCCACAGCAACAGUUGGUCCUUCAUCAACCUCUGGUUUUGCAUCAACUACUGAUUCUUUAUCGACCUCUGGUUCCACUGCAUCCUCCGUUCCUUCCUUAACAUCUGGUUCAACAUCAUCCUUUGGUUCUUCAUCAACUCCUAGUUCUUCGGCAACACUUUCCACUUCAUCACUUCCCUCGUCAACUUCAACUUCUACCUUCACUCUUCCUCAAAGACCCACCAUCAUCGACAUUACCAGCCCACCUUCGAAACAGAAUCUCACUGAAACUACUGAAACAAUAGCUGCAUCAACGAAGCCAGUAGACUCCACAACAAAGUCUCCUUUACUCACCUCAACAACUUCAAGGAUACCAGCAACCAGGUUCCCACCCAGAAACUCAACCACUAGUAAGCCAACAAGACCUGUUUCUUCUACAACAACCAAGAAACCUAGCUCGACAUUGAUUACAAAAAAACCAACAGUUGCGAGCACUUCUGAUACCAAAAAUCCCAUUUCAGCGACUGUAAGACCUCUAUUAUCAAGCAGACCAACGCAGAGUAGUUCUACGAAACCAACUUCAUCAACAAGGCCGACCAAACCCAAACCUACGAAACCUUAUCCUUUAAGUACAAAAAUUCCUCCGACUAGUGGAAAACCCACUGAGACUGAAACUAUACCUUUUGGUGGCUUCAAACCUACGAAGGAACCUAUAGUUGAUAAGAUUCCACCCAAAACAACUACCUCAAAGCCAAUUACUACCACCAGGCCUAAAGCUCCAGCUAAGCCUACAAAGCUCAGUUCAUCAAAACCAAGUUCAUCAAAGCCUUUACCAAAACCCAGUUCACCAAAACCUAUUUCAGUGAAACCCGGUUCAACAACAGGAAUUCCAACCACGACUACUACCACUACAACUACUACUACCACAACUACUACAAUGAGAACUAUUGUGAAGACAACAACCGAGAAAACGAAACCAACUAACGCCACUCCAUCUGGUAUUACAUCAACCACACCUUCCACUACAUCGCCAACACCGGAUUCGACAACAAAGGCACCUAUUUCAACAGCUUCUACUGAAUCCAACAUUUAUAUUCCCUUGAAUAUUUCCACCUCUACGAAUCAAAUUUUACCACCAAAGAAACCUGAAGGCGAAUCACAACAGACGAUUCAUGGACCUGGUUUGGUAACUUGGUCCUCAAACUUGGAUGAAACUACGACAUACAAAAUUCCAGAAGCUUCUUCCACUAGUGAACAACCUACUGAAACGGAAUGGGCACCAAUUACAACACCUGAUGGUUGGGUUAUCAUUCAUUCUCCUACCACUGAAAAGGCAGAAGCAAGUUCACCUACAACACCAAAACCAAUUGUAGCAACAACUAGUGUUCCAUUCUUUCCAACUAAUCCCGUAACGGACAUCCCAACUGCCGGCACUUUUAUCACGACUCGACCAGUCAUACCAACAAGUUUAUCCUCCAUUGCUACUGUCAGCGUAUCCACUGAAUCACCUCAAACAAUUAUACCAGCAAUCAACAUGACUGAUUACAAGCAAGUGUGUGGGAGGCGCCUCUUUCCGGAAGGAAGAAUCGUGGGUGGAAAUAACAGCUCAUUCGGCAGGUGGCCCUGGCAGAUUUCACUUCGUCAGUGGAGAACUUCAACAUAUCUCCAUAAAUGUGGUGCAGCUCUGCUGAAUGAAAAUUGGGCAAUCACAGCUGCUCACUGCGUGGAAAAUGUGCCUCCCAGCGACUUGUUAUUACGAAUCGGUGAACACGAUUUAGCAAACGAGAGUGAACCUUAUGGAUACCAGGAAAGAAGGGUACAAUUGGUCGCCAGUCAUCCCCAGUUCGAUCCACGAACAUUUGAAUAUGAUCUUGCCCUCUUACGUUUUUACGAACCAAUUGAACCAUUCCAACCAAAUAUAUUACCCAUCUGCUUACCAGAUAAUGAUGAGAACUACGUCGGUCACACUGCCUACGUUACCGGAUGGGGAAGAAUAUAUGAAGAUGGUCCGCUGCCGUCGGUACUACAGGAAGUCCCAGUACCAGUGAUAAACAACUCAGUCUGUGAAUCAAUGUACAGAACGGCCGGUUUUAUAGAAAACAUUCCCCAUAUUUUCAUUUGUGCCGGCUGGCGGAAAGGAGGGUUUGAUUCUUGCGAGGGUGACAGUGGUGGACCAAUGGUGAUCCAGAGACCACGCGACAAACGAUGGCUCUUGGCAGGUGUCAUUAGUUGGGGAAUUGGCUGUGCAGAACCAAAUCAGCCUGGCGUUUAUACAAGAAUCUCCCAAUUUAGAGACUGGAUUAAUCAAAUUCUUCAGUUCUAAAACUCUAAAAAAAACAGCCAGAAACAAACUCUAGGUACAUAACUAAGUUUUCAAUCAAUUUGACGACAAGAAGAUAGAAAAUGUGCUUUCCAUUCUCUAGAAGUCUUUAGGAAUUUAACAUUUUAACUAUUAAAGACCACAUACGUCUUGAAUGAUAUGGUGUGGUUUUGGUCAAAAGUGAGAAAAAUCUAUUAUGAAAAACCGGUGUGUGAGAAAUCUUUGUGCAAAAGAUUAUAUAUCCAAGGGCUGGAAUGUAUUAGCUGGAUUUAAAUUAUAGAUCAGAAUGUAACGACAAGCUUAAAUUUAUACUGGUUCGCAUACAUAACUAUGGCUGUUGUAGCACCUACGUCUUCAAUUAUUGAGUCAUUAGUCAGUUUUCAACAAGGACUAAAACUUUCGAAAUUGAAUGUGACAAGUUUGGAAAUUACUUUAACCAGUCGACAACCCGCGACCAACAUUUGCUGUUGAUAUUACCUACUAGCCAAUCCUAUUUUAAUAGUCUUUGCUCAAGAAAUAUUAUUAGCUUUCCGAUAAAGUUCGAUAAAUAAAUUCCAUUUAAAUCCAUUUAUAGUUAUGUAAAUACUCUCUUAUUCUGAGGUAAUGAAAACUUUUACUCAUUAUUCAAAGCUAAUUAGAGAAAAAAUAUUUAUUCUCAAAAUCUAUGAUCAGAUUAGAGAGUCAAUUAUUUAGUUGCGCAAUUAAGAAGACAUCAAGAUGUGUCAGAGAUCUUCAUGCAGAAAUAUUUCUUGUUUAAAGAAAGUGCAUGUUUUUGGUGAGACAUGCUAAAAAAGUAGAAUAUCCUGAAAAUUUAAUGACAAAUUUUUACGAUAUUCUAAAUCUACUUCAACAACAUAACACAUAUGUUAAGUAGAUUUUUAAUUACGAAAAAAUCUUCAAAUAGGAAACUAAUUCUCGAAGAUCUCUGAUUAGAAAGUUUAUGGAGGCAAUAUUGAAAUCUGGUGUGAUUAAAUUCGGCGUAAUUUGGUGUAUUUAAUCGUGAAAUCCAGUUCUAGUAAAAUCAAAGUCUUGGUUAAAACCAAUUACGUUUGAAGAUAAAAUGUUAACUAUUCUCCUGUGAAAUGAGUUUAAAGUAACCAUUUACCUAGUGGUCUACUUUUUAAAUAACCAUGUUCUCAAUUCUUAGUCUGCAAUAAAAAUAAAAAUGGAUUUAAUCAUAUCAUUUUAUCAGCGAGGAAGUGCCUGGAAUCGGAAAGGUCAAAUCGACUAAAGUCGGUCGAUAUAGAUAAAAUAUUACAUACCUUUCUUCGCGCAUGCAUGUAAAGUAUGGUUGGAUGGAUGUACAUAAAAGUGGUCUUCGGGAAGAGUGAAUCCAUGACCCACAGGUAUUAUUAUCAUGUAUGCUAUAAUACGAGAAAAAAUCUCUUAAACACGAUUUUAUUUUAUUUAAUUUAUGAAAUUUAUAUUUAUAAGUAACUGUAGUUAGUUCUGAGGUAUAUGUGCAGCACGUGCUGUCACGUAUUAUUAUAAAUAAUUUAUUUUCGUAUUGUCCAAAUGUAUUGUAAACUUUUCUGUAAAUACAAUCUUAUGUUACAAAA